UAAAUAUGUACGUUUUGUUGAGGAUUUCUUCUCUGCUCUCUCUCUCCUACUCUCUCGACAGCGCAGAGAUGUCUUUCACACGUGAUAAACUGUCUUUGCACCUGCGCAACAGAAUGACGGAGUUUAUCAGAAGAGUGAGAGCCACAGAGCUCAUGGCCAACCUCCCCUGCCUUACACAGUCUGACAGGGAGGAGAUCCAGGCCAUGAGAAAUUGUGUCGGUAACUCAGCUGCAAUGCAGAUCCUGCUGGACUAUGUACAGAAGAGAAUGAACUGGCCAGAAGAGUUGAUAUCAGCUCUGGAGGUGGUGGAGCAUCAGGACCUGGCUGAUGAACUGAGGGCAGAGUGGACCAAGCACAACCAGACCAAUCCUUCUCCUGCUGCUCCUCCUACCAGCCCAUCUCUGCCCAUCUCAGAGAGCUCUGAUGACCCUACAUCUUCCAUGGUCCUCCCAGCUCGGCCAGCACCACCUUCAGAGUCACUCAGCCCUGAGAUUGCUGCCUGUCCAGCGGAUGGUGGCCAGCCAGUAGUCCCCACAAGUUCAGUUGCUGAGGCUCCCAUCGCUGGUGCCUCCCCAGAGCCAGUUCCACAGGCUCUGGAAGCAGCAGUAAAACCUGUCACAGCCACCCAGGCAGCACCUUUGCCUGUCUCAGUGAAAGUGGAGCCCACAGUGGUCUCUGAACCACAGCCUCCACUCUCUCACUCUGAUAACGCUGCCUCCUCCCAGCCUGGUCCUGUAGCAACGGGAUCUCUAGAGGAUAACCCAUCUCAUAUAGUCCUGUCUGAAACCACUCUCACCUUGCCGGUGUCAGACCUAAACCCAGCCCUGUCCCAAACUGAAUACACCCCCACCGAUGCUGCCUCUGCCUCGGUCCAGGCCCCUGAGAAAGGUCCAGUUCAGGACGCCACGCCCCCAACAGCCAAAGUGAUCUCCUUCCACCAGAGGCCAGUAGAGGACUCUGAUCCAACUGCAACUCAGCGAAGAGUUGAAAACAUUGACGGGAAGCGGGAACUUAAAGCUAUCUCUCCUCCAAGUGACUGCAGACGAACAGCACGUCGAGCCGCCUCAGAGCCCCCCCGAGAGCCAUCACUUCUCCCCGGUCACGACACCAGCCUCGUCCCCGGUGCAUACCUCCAUAUGGAUAGCCGGUCAGUGUUGGACCCAGAGCCGGCUGCUGUGACGAGUCCUGCUGCUGUGACGAGUCCUGCUGCUGUGACGAGUCCUGCUGCUGUGACGAGUCCUGCUGCUGUGACGAGUCCUGCUGCUGUGACGAGUCCUGCUGCUGUGACGAGUCCUGCUGCUGUGACGAGUCCUGCUGCUGUGACGAGUCCUGCUGCUGUGACGAGUCCUGCUGCUGUGACCUGUCCUGCUGCUGUGACCUGUCCUGCUGCUGUGACCUGUCCUGCUGCUGUGACUUGUCCUGCUGCUGUGACCUGUCCUGCUGCUGUGACUUGUCCUGCUGCUGUGACCUGUCCUGCUGUGGUCCCAGACCACUUGUCUAGUGUUCCAGGCCCUCUGACUAGUGUAACGCCUCUGCCAUGUCAGGAGCAUGAGGAACACGUGUCCCGUAACGAGCCUGAGGAGGACACGUACCAGGAGGUGCUGAUCAAUGUAAUUCAUGUGUCUGAGGACACGUACAUCCAGAAUCAGGACGGCCAAACACAGAGCAUGCUGGGUAAUAAGGAUGUAGGUGUGUCUGAAACCCUCCCACCAGUUCAGAACCACAACAGCCGAUCGCAGAUCACACCUCUCUCUGGAUCUACAGAACUUGACCUGUCGUCUGGUCCGAACCGGCAGGACCAAGCUGAGGACAGUCUGGGGAAAGCAGUUAGUAAGUCUGACGACUCUCGGGAUCUGAUUAUGAUCGUGAACGGCCAAGCCGCCAGCCCCUCAACCAAACAUCCUGAUCCUCCUGAUCCAGCCACUUCUCCUUCUGUCACCAUCGUCAACGGCCAAGCCGCCAGCCCCUCAACCAAACAUCCUGAUCCUCCACCUCCAGCCACUUCUCCUUCUGUCACCAUCGUCAACGGCUCCUCCACUGAUAACUGUCCUCUCCCGGAGGCUGUGGAGGCAGAGGUCAUGCUCAAGGCCAUGAUGGCUAGCGUUGUCCCUGAGCUAAGGCAGAAACAUGAGGGGGAGGGAGCCAGAAGAAGAGGGGGAUACCACUUCCUGGGGGAUACCACUUCCUGGGGGAUACCACUUCCUGGGGGAUACCACUUCCUGGGGGCUGCUGUCCUGGGUGUCUCGGCCCUGUUCGUAGCCUGGAGAAGGAAGAAUUAUGUCUGAAGUUAGUCUGUCUGUGAUUCUAUCUCCUUGCCUCCUGAUCAGCCUUAUUGGAAGAGAGGUCCCUCUCCUCUGAUUUUCUUCUGCAAUGAGAUUUGAGAAGGUGAAGAGAGAGGAUGUGCAAAUCAAAGAGAGAUUAAUGGAGAAAUAGCUGAAUUGCUGUGAAAAGAAGGGACGAUUGUGGUUCAAGAUUUUAAGAGAUUAUUGGCCCAGCUUUAUUGUAUUGUAUUUAUUGUAUUGUUAGUAAUGAAGGUGCUGAAAUUAAGUAUUUAUAGGUGACCGAUAGCAGCACUUAUCCAAGACUUUGAUCGACAGUCUAAAUCAAAUCAAAGUUUAUUUGUCACAUGCACUGAAUACAGCAGGUGUAGUAGACCUCACAGUGAAAUGCUGAAUACAACAGGUGUAGUAGACCUGACAGUGAAAUGCUGAAUACAACAGGUGUAGUAGACCUCACAGUGAAAUGCUGAAUACAACAGGUGUAGUAGACCUUACAGUGAAAUGCUGAAUACAACAGGUGUAGUAGACCUGACAGUGAAAUGCUGAAUACAACAGGUGUAGUAGACCUCACAGUGAAAUGCUGAAUACAACAGGUGUAGUAGACCUCACAGUGAAAUGCUGAAUACAACAGGUGUAGUAGACCUUACAGUGAAAUGCUGAAUACAACAGGUGUAGUAGAUCUUACAGUGAAAUGCUGAAUACAACAGGUGUAGUAGACCUUACAGUGAAAUGCUGAAUACAACAGGUGUAGUAGACCUUACAGUGAAAUGCUGAAUACAACAGGUGUAGUUGACCUUACAGUGAAAUGCUGAAUACAACAGGUGUAGUAGACCUCACAGUGAAAUGCUGAAUACAACAGGUAUAGUAGACCUUACAGUGAAAUGCUGAAUACAACAGGUGUAGUAGAUCUUACAGUGAAAUGCUGAAUACAACAGGUGUAGUAGACCUUACAGUGAAAUGCUGAAUACAACAGGUGUAGUAGACCUUACAGUGAAAUGCUGAAUACAACAGGUGUAGUAGACCUUACAGUGAAAUGCUGAAUACAACAGGUGUAGUAGACCUUACAGUGAAAUGCUGAAUACAACAGGUGUAGUAGACCUUACAGUGAAAUGCUGAAUACAACAGGUGUAGUAGGCCUCACAGUGAAAUGCUGAAUACAACAGGUGUUGUAGACCUUACAGUGAAAUGCUGAAUACAACAGGUGUAGUAGACCUCACAGUGAAAUGCUGAAUACAACAGGUGUAGUAGACCUUACAGUGAAAUGCUGAAUACAACAGGUGUAGUAGACCUUACAGUGAAAUGCUGAAUACAACAGGUGUAGUAGACCUUACAGUGAAAUGCUGAAUACAACAGGUGUAGUAGACCUCACAGUGAAAUGCUGAAUACAACAGGUGUUGUAGACCUUACAGUGAAAUGCUGAAUACAACAGGUGUAGUAGACCUCACAGUGAAAUGCUGAAUACAACAGGUGUAGUAGACCUUACAGUGAAAUGCUGAAUACAACAGGUGUAGUAGACCUUACAGUGAAAUGCUGAAUACAACAGGUGUAGUAGACCUGACAGUGAAAUGCUGAAUACAACAGGUGUAGUAGACCUUACAGUGAAAUGCUGAAUACAACAGGUGUAGUAGACCUUACAGUGAAAUGCUGACUUACAGGCUCUAACCAAUAGUGCUAAGAAAAAAAAGGUAUUAGGGGAACAGGUAAGUAAAGAAAUAAAAACAACAGUGAAAAGACAGUGAAAACGGCGCUAGGCAACCCUGAUCCUGGACCCACUUCAUGUUUCUGAUUUAACCAACCAGGAAGACCAGGUAGAUGUGUUGAGUUUAGGCGGUCAUCGAUCCAAUCAAUUAGCUCUUGGUCAGGUGUUUUGCCUAGUUGGAACAAACUCCUGCAGUACCCGAGGCACUACAGGAACAGUAUGACCGACCUCUGGUCUAAGUCGAUGGAUCAUUAGUAGCAUGAUAUAGUAUGUCUCUAUCCAAGUUGACAUACCUUUCUCUGUCAUGAUGACUUAAGGCAACAGAUAGCAUAUACUUAUAGGCCUGUUUUCCUGGACACAAAUCAGGCCCCAUCUUUGUUUACUGUAAAUAUAUGUUUACUGGGAUCUCAGGCCCCAUCUUUGUUUACUGUAAAUAUAUGUUUACUGGGAUCUCAGGCCCCAUCUUUGUUUACUGUAAAUAUAUGUUUACUGGGAUCUCAGGCCCCAUCUUUGUUUACUGUAAAUAUAUGUUUACUGGGAUCUCAGGCCCCAUCUUUGUUUACUGUAAAUAUAUUUUUACUGGGAUCUCAGGCCCCAUCUUUGUUUACUGUAAAUAUAUGUUUACUGGGAUCUCAGGCCCCAUCUUUGUUUACUGUAAAUAUAUGUUUACUGGGAUCUCAGGCCCCAUCUUUGUUUACUGUAAAUAUAUGUUUACUGGGAUCUCAGGCCCCAUCUAUGUUUACUGUAAAUAUAUGUUUACUGGGAUCUCAGGCCCCAUCUAUGUUUACUGUAAAUAUAUGUUUACUGGGAUCUCAGGCCCCAUCUUUGUUUAACUGUAAAUAUAUGUUUACUGGGAUCUCAGGCCCCAUCUUUGUUUACUGUAAAUAUAUGUUUACUGGGAUCUCAGGCCCCAUCUUUGUUUACUGUAAAUAUAUGUUUACUGGGAUCUCAGGCCCCAUCUAUGUUUACUGUAAAUAUAUGUUUACUGGGAUCUCAGGCCCCAUCUUUGUUUACUGUAAAUAUAUGUUUACUGGGAUCUCAGGCCCCAUCUUUGUUUACUGUAAAUAUAUGUUUACUGGGAUCUCAGGCCCCAUCUUUGUUUACUGUAAAUAUAUGUUUACUGGGAUCUCAGGCCCCAUCUUUGUUUAACUGUAAAUAUAUGUUUACUGGGAUCUCAGGCCCCAUCUUUGUUUACUGUAAAUAUAUGUUUCCUGGGAACUCAGGCCCCAUCUUUGUUUACUGUAAAUAUAUGUUUACUGGGAUCUCAGGCCCCAUCUUUGUUUACUGUAAAUAUAUGUUUACUGGGAUCUCAGGCCCCAUCUUUGUUUACUGUAAAUAUAUGUUUACUGGGAUCUCAGGCCCCAUCUAUGUUUACUGUAAAUAUAUGUUCACUUGACGAUACAUACCAACUUUGACUAGGCCUUUCCAAAACUUCAAAUUUGUUGCUUUCUUAGACAUUUUCAUGUAGACUUUGUCAUGACGUUGGCCUGAGGGGGAGGUUUAUGACCCCCAUAAAUUCCUUUUUCCUCUCUCUACCCUACCGAUGUGACUAUUGAAAAUCCCUUUUGUUAACGUAGAGAGUCUGGUGACAUCAGAAGAUGGGAAACGGAACCAUAUUUCGGUAAUCCAACCAGUUGAAAAUAUGCGUUGGGACUUAAUGAAUUUGAUGUCAGAUCAGUUGGAGUCUGAGACAUGAUUACUGAUGAUAGGACGACAUAAACUUUAACUCGGAAAAUCUACACAUUCUAGUUAUCAGAUUCACAUGGAAUUGUUGUGCAAUUUAAAUGUUUAAAUAUGAAACUAUUUGUGAGAAGAUUAAAUGUAAAUUUUAGCUUCUUAAUGAAAGAAAGGUUUGUCAGAAGAGCACCACUCUGCUCACUCAUGGCCCCGCCCAUGUGAACAGACCUGGGUUGUAAACUAUGAAACACGGCCCUCUCUCCCAAUCCUAUAUAAACCUCUUGACAAAAAUGUAACUUUCUAUUCCGAGGACGUCAGGGCGACGGUCCUAAGUUAAAAGGACUCAGAUAACAACCUGUUCCAAGGACGUGAGGACUUACCAUCCCCACAUUGAAAGGACAAACACCACCUACAGAACUAAGCCAACCUCAGCAAGAACCUAACGCAAUUGGCAUCAAAUUUCAAUGUGAAGGUGAUGACCUACACGCCGAAAGGAUGAAUUUCGACUAUACCGGCCAGAAUAUAGCAUGAGCUUAAAAGUAGGGCAACUUGGUAUGAACUUUGAACUCUUAUUCACUCCAGAAGUGAUUUUUUUACCAGACAUAAUGGGACCCAUGUCAUCCAAAAGGUUGACUCCAGUUUGCCAAAAAGCACCUGGGACAAGGUAAAAAUCUGUCGUUCUGCCGCUGAACAAGGGUCCGUCAUUGUAAAUAAUAAUAAUACCUGACUUGCCUAGUUAAAUAAAUAUGCCUGUCAAUAAUGAACUCUGCUUUACACAGUAAGAAUCUCAUACCAACUGUCCAGCAUGGUGGUGGGGAUAGUGUGGUACAUGACAAUGCCCUAAAUGUGGCCAUGCUGCACAUCCUAGUGAGAGGAAUACCAUGAAAUCAAAUGUGUAUAUAGUCCCUUCAGAAUGCAUUCAUGACUUAUUCCACAUUUUGUUGUGUGACAGAAAAUGAGCUAUUUCUGUAUUUAAUUUAAGACAUUUGCUGAAAUGUCUAAGAACAUGUUUUCUCUUUGCCAUUGUGGGGCUUUGUGUGUUGAUGUGGAAUAAGGGGUAUGAAUACUAUCUGAAGGCACUGUAUAUAGCCUUGUAAUUACACUUAUAUUGUUAUGCAGAGACAAUGUAAAUGUUGGGCUCUCUCUCAUUAUGGGGUACGUACCAGUUGGAUAGGUACUUUUUUUUAAAUUUUACUUAACUAGGCAAGUCAGUCAAGAACAGAUUCUUAUAUAUAAUGUUGGCCUAGGAACAGUGGGCUGUUCAGGGGCAAAAUGACAGAUUUGUACCUUGUCAGCUCAGUGAUA